AAAUAAAAUUUAUCAAAUUUAAAAUCACAAUAAAAAGAGUACCAAAAAAAAAAAUCGGCACAAAAUAUUGAAAGAGGUGUUAGAGAAGCGAUUUGGGUUCUCAACCUUGGUUUCCGCUGGGAAAAUCUCUGACGCGAGUGAGGAUGAGAGGUGGAAAAAGAACCAUGAAGAAAGAAGACGACGAAGUUGAACAAAUGCUACGAGCCGCACAAGACGAAAUUCUCUUGAAUCUCUCCCUCAACUCUCACCUAUCUCGUCCUUCUCCUUCUUCCUCUACUAUUCUCCAUCCCGAUCCUGAUCUGGAUCUUGAUCUGGAACGUCGAUUUCAAGCGCUCAAAUCAAAUUCCAAAAAUCAACAACCGUUGGAUCCCUCCACCAGGUUCGAUGCUCUCAAAGCCAAAUCGCAUCAUCCUGUGAACGCUAACGACAUCGUCUCCGCAUCGGAACCGCCGUUUCAAUACGAAGAAAGUGAUGAGGAAGAUGAAGAGGCGCAAAUUCAGAAAUUGAUCGAAUGGGCGAAAGAUGCUGCGCGGCUUGAUCCUUCUCCUCCCUCUCCGGCUGUUUCAGACGAUGAAGACGACGAACCGUCUGUAUCCGACGAUGGAGAUGACGAAGAUGAUGAUCGCCGCAAAUCGUUGAAAUAAUUUAUUUUAUUUUUCCAAUGAUUAUACUUAUUUUUACUUUUGUUAGUUUUUACUUGUUACUGGACUCGUAUGUGCAUUAUCCCUUUUAUUACUAGUGAUUUAGGAAAUUUAUGACUA